UAUAAAUGGCCACUUGGUAGUUUCUGGGUUCUGUCUGCGGUACGAUUCCUCAGCAGUCACUCGGACCCUGGAGCUCAGCCAGGGUAUAACGCGUUCAUCUGUCUCAAAUUGCAAAAAGCGGAAACGAAUAGCAGAGCUGCUCUAGAAGCGGAAGUGCAUCGUUCGUUUAUCUUUUUGUUGUUUUGUUUUUCUUUUACGUUACGUUUUGUUUACUUCCGGUGUUUGUGUGCAAAAGAAACGUGAUAGGAUUUUUUUUGCUUGUUGAUUAAUGUGCAGAAUACGCAGUGAGCGUUGAGUGUGUCCCGUGAAAAGAAAAAAUAAAUAAAAAAAAAAGAGAUUACGGAGAAGAAGUCGAAGAAGUCGCAGUUAAAUAUAUACAGAGUGGAGGCAUCACGAGAAUCCGGGAUGUCUCUGUGGGCAAAAGCGCAGCAGCUGCCGGAGGAAAAGUUGCACCAGAUAAGGAACAUCUAUGGAGAACACUUCCCAAUUGAGGUUCGCCACUAUAUGGCCCCCUGGAUCGAGGAGAAAAUAUGGUCUGAGGAAUGUACGUCAGAUAACCCACAGUUUGAGCAGUACGUCUCCGGUUUGAUGGCUACCUUCAUCCAGGAGAUCGAGAACAAAGCAGCUGUAGUUAACGACACUGAAUUCUUCCUCGUCAAAUUGAAGUUGGCCGAAGCAGCGAAGAUGUUCAGGCAAAACUACGGGCAAAAUCCGGGUCGUUUGUAUAGUUACAUCAAGCAGUGUUUGGCCACGGAAGUGAGGAUCAUUCAAUCAGCACUCGGAAGCGAAGCUUUGGGAAUGUCAAAUAUAGCUUCAGCUAACAGUUCGGGCGUAGACGUUAUGCAUAAAGUGGAUGUAUUGAGGCGACGAACUCAGGAAACGUCCGAAGAUUUACGUAGACUGGAGCAGGAUCAGGAAGCAUUCGCGAUACAGUAUCACGAAUGCACUAAGAUGAAUGCUCACAUCCAGCAGCUCUCGAAUACGCCUUCUAAUCAACAAUCACCAGGCACUCUUCAAAAAAUGACGGAUCAAAAGAAAUACAUGGAGCAGGUGUUAAAUCAGAAAGUCGCUCACCUUAUCCAAGGCAGAAUGGCGUUGAGUGAUAAGCUGAAGGAGUCCUUUCAGUUGUUGAACGCUCUGCAAUCGCGAGUGUUAGACGAAGAGUUGAUCUUUUGGAAGCGCGAACAGCAGUUAUCCGGAAACGGUAACAGCUUCAAUAGCAACCUGGACGCCAUACAGGAGUGGUGCGAGAACCUCGCAGAAUUAAUAUGGAUGAACAGACAACAGAUCAAGGAGGUGGAAAGAUUGAGACAGAAGCUAACACUCGAUCCGCCGGGCGUGUCAGAAGUCCUUCAGCAACUCCUGACGGAAAUAACACAGUUGUUAAGCUCGUUGGUGACUUCGACCUUCAUCAUCGAAAAGCAACCGCCACAAGUGAUGAAGACGAACACCCGGUUUACGGCAACCGUGAGAUUGCUGGUUGGAGGAAAGCUCAACGUGCACAUGACCCCGCCUCAGGUCAAGGUGACGAUUAUAUCUGAGGCACAGGCCAACGUCCUACUGAAGAAUGAUAAAUUGUCCAAGAGCAGCGACGCAAGCGGAGAAAUUUUGAAUAACACCGGCACCAUGGAGUAUCAGCAGGCCACGAAGCAGUUAUCGGUCAGUUUUAGAAACAUGCAACUGAAGAAGAUCAAGCGCGCCGAGAAGAAGGGCACCGAGAGCGUGAUGGACGAGAAAUUCUCGUUGCACUUCCAAUCGCAGUUCAGCGUUGGAGGCGGUGAGCUUAUGUUCCACGUAUGGACACUAUCGUUGCCUGUCGUCGUUAUUGUACAUGGUAACCAGGAACCGCACGCCUGGGCAACUGUGACCUGGGACAACGCUUUUGCGGAACCCGGCAGGAAUCCUUUCUGUGUACCAGAUAAGGUACCAUGGAGUAAAGUUGCUGAAACUCUGUCGCUGAAGUUCAGAGCGGCAACCGGUCGGCCACUUACUGAUGAUAACUUACGUUUCCUGGGCGAGAAAGCCUUCCGCGGAAACUUCAUCGAUGGUAACCAAUUGCUCAGCUGGGCACAAUUCUGCAAGGAACCUCUGACUGAUAGGAAUUUCACAUUCUGGGAGUGGUUCUACGCUGUGAUGAAACUAACCAGAGAACAUCUGCGUGGCCCGUGGACUGAUGGAGCUAUUUUGGGCUUUAUCAUGAAAAGACAGACUGAGGAGAUGCUAUCAAAUUGCACAAACGGUACAUUUUUGCUCCGCUUCUCUGACAGCGAACUUGGAGGUGUAACAAUUGCAUGGGUUGCUGAAACUACGGAAAUUUUCAUGCUGCAACCUUUCACAUCUAAGGAUUUCGCCAUCCGAUGCUUAGCGGACAGAAUUGCCGACUUGAGUCAUCUGACGUACCUCUACCCAGAUACAACCAAAGAUUCGGCCUUUAACAAAUACUACACGCCGUUCCAAGACAAUCAGCCGACGUCGAAUAACGGUUACGUGAAACCUCUGCUGGUCACACACAUACCGGGAUGGAGCGGUCCUAACGCCGUGAGCUACCCGAACACUCCUCAACAUCCGUACAUGCAAUCUCCGGAUCCUGUGAGGGACACCCCAUCGGUUGCAAGCAGUUACGCGGGAUCCGUGGCGACAACGGCAACCACGACGGCGAGCAACAACGCCAUGGAAUAUUUGGAGACCUUCGACGAGAAUAUCGACCUGAACGGGAUCGUAAACUUAAACGAACUGAUGCAGGGCUAUCGUCAAUGAGCUGGAUGAAUGAGAUAGAAAGAAAAAAAACACAAAACCUGUAUGCAGAAGAGGAUGAUUGGAGAGAUGUUGAUGGAUGGAUGGAUGGCGACGAUGAGAGAGGAGUUAGGGACAAGUGGAAUCAUAAUUAUUAGUCAGGAGCAAUGUCUUAAAAACCACAGCCCUCGCUCCAACCAAUCGAUCGUUUAUUAAUCUAAUCUGUUAAUGUAAGUAGACAACUUGACCAGGCCCUCGUCGUCACCGUUCAAAUCAUGUUUGUUUUUUUUUUAUUAAAUGUAAUUAUUUAUUAUUUCGUUAUUUAAAAAGGAAAGGAAAAAUUAAGAUGAAAAACGCGUCUUGUUAAAAUAAUAAUUAAUAUUUUAUAAUUGAAGAAAAAGAAGUAAAUGAUCAUCGGGAGGGCUCGUGUGUAAAUAUGUUUUUUUUUUUUUAUUAUUUUAAUUGCGCAAGUUUAAGUACAAAAUGAUGUGUGUAUUUUAUAAUUAAUUUUUUUAAAGUUUUACUUCGAGAGGAACGAA